AUGGCGACCAAGAGGGUGUCCCCCGGAGGCGCGCUGCUGCGCGCCUCACGCAUGUGGUCCCUGCCGAACCCGAUCCCCCCGCCACCGGAGAAUUCGACCGGCCCGACUACUUCGGACACGGCCACGCCGCCCUUCCCUACCCAUCAGAUCAUCACGACGCUCAGCGGCGCCCGGAAACAAGGUGACUGGGGUCUCAAGCGGCCCCUGCCGCUGCGGACGACCGUCAAGACGACGCACCCCAUGAUCCGUGUCAAGGAGAUAGACAGCAUCGAGAUGGUGACCGACUUCUCGUCCGCCACAGACCUCGGCAUGACCCUGCGCAAGUUCCAGGAGCUGCACCUGCCCAUCACGCUCCGCUUGUCCGACCCCUCCGCCAUGACCAACCUCAACCUGCCGCAGCGGUCGGUGUUCGACGACGAGAUCGACUUCACUGCCGGCUCGGCCAAGAAGUUGGCUGAGAAUCGCGACCAGCGCUGGAAGUUCAACGGGCCCUGGCUUGCCGGCAUGACGCAGGGCGAGUUCCAGAAGUGGCUGAUCAAGGAGGUGCGGCCGAAGCGGGCAGCCUUCCGCGAGUUCCUUAAGGAGAAGAUCGCCAAGGACUUGAUGAGCAAGGAGGCUGCGGAGAACUUCGAGAAGGGCGACUUCAGCAAGACCGUCAAGACCAUCCGGCCCCAGGACGUCACGGAGGAGCAGUUGACCGACGGCCUACGCAAGUUGCGCCACAACAACCAGGAGCUCUUCGACAUGGUCGGCCAGUUCCUCGACCUGGCGCCGCUGGCCCCGCCGAGCACCUCGGCUUCGCUCCUCUCGGCGACGAGCACCACCCGCCUGACUUACCGCGACACCCAGAACCCGUAUGCUGAGCACGGCCCGCCGAUCACCCACCCGUCGGCCGGUAUUUCGUACCUCCGUACAUCCAUGUAUAUGGAGAACCAUCCAAUCUAUGGACCCCAGAAGCACCACACCCCCGUGGUGGCACGCAUUGUGAGCCCACGGCGCCCGGCGCAGGCUCGCCCGGCUCGCCUGGGCGUGGCGGGCUUCAUCGUCAACACGCCCCUGGGCGACACGGCAUCGAACCAGAAAACUGCAGCUGCCGCGAUCUACGACCGCAUCGACCCGGCUGUGGAGGGCGGCGCCAAGACAUGGGUGCUCCCUCAGCGGGCGUCGGUCGACUCGAGCGGUCGUAUCCAGCUGACUGUGGGUGAUGCCAGCGCCGAGGCUGUGCUGAUCGCGCAGGAGCUGCUGGGCGACGCCGAGGUGCUCAAGGCGAAGCGCGACGAAGAGCGUACACAAAGCGCCAGCGAUAUUCGCCGGCGUUACAGUGCUGCCCGGAAGCCGCAGCCCACUAUGUCGAGUGCCGGGAGUUAUGGGUUGAGACGGUGA